CAGUCGCACCGGGCAUGCUCAGUGGCGCGGCCGGCUGGGUGGCCCCGCGAGCUGCACCCGGAUCUGCUCGGCGGCGGCGGCGACGUGAACGCGCAGGGGGGCGGCGGCCUCGCCUCGUCUCUUUCCCUUCGCCUGGGUCGGGUGGGUGACGCCGAGCGCCAGAGAGAUGUCGGAUUUCGACAGUAACCCAUUUGCGGACCCGGAUCUCAACAACCCGUUCAAGGAUCCAUCAGUUACACAGGUGACAAGAAAUGUUCCACCAGGACUUGAUGAAUAUAAUCCAUUCUCGGAUUCUAGAACACCUCCACCAGGCAGUGUGAAGAUGCCUAAUGUACCCAAUACACAACCAGCAAUAAUGAAACCAACAGAGGAACAUCCAGCUUAUACACAGAUUGCAAAGGAGCAUGCCUUGGCCCAAGCUGAGCUUCUUAAGCGUCAGGAAGAACUAGAAAGAAAAGCUGCAGAAUUAGAUCGUCGAGAACGAGAAAUGCAAAACCUCAGUCAACAUGGCAGGAAAAAUAAUUGGCCACCUCUUCCUGGAAAUUUUCCUGUGGGACCUUGUUUCUAUCAGGAUUUUUCUGUAGACAUUCCUGUAGAAUUCCAAAAGACAGUAAAGCUUAUGUACUACUUAUGGAUGUUCCACGCCGUAACACUGUUUCUAAAUAUCUUCGGAUGCACGGCUUGGUUUUGUGUUGAUUCUUCAAGAGGGGUUGAUUUUGGAUUGAGUAUCCUGUGGUUCUUGCUUUUUACUCCUUGUUCAUUUGUCUGUUGGUACAGACCACUUUACGGAGCUUUCAGGAGUGACAGUUCAUUCAGAUUCUUUGUAUUCUUCUUCGUAUAUAUUUGUCAGUUUGCUGUACAUGUACUCCAGGCUGCAGGAUUUCAUAAUUGGGGCAAUUGUGGUUGGAUUUCAUCCCUUACUGGUCUCAACCAAAAUAUUCCUGUUGGAAUCAUGAUGAUAAUCAUAGCAGCACUUUUCACAGCAUCAGCAGUCAUCUCACUAGUUAUGUUUAAAAAAGUACAUGGACUAUAUCGCACAACAGGUGCUAGUUUUGAGAAGGCCCAACAAGAAUUUGCAACAGGUGUAAUGUCCAACAAAACUGUCCAGACUGCAGCUGCAAAUGCAGCUUCAACUGCAGCAACUAGUGCAGCUCAGAAUGCUUUCAAGGGUAACCAAAUUUAGAGAAUCUUUAAACAAUACACUGUUACCUUUUGACUGUAUUUUUUUCUCCAGUUACUGUAUAUUCUACAGAUAUUUUUAUGUUCAAAACACACAGUACACACAGCAUGGAUAUUUCCUGUUCACUUGUGCAUGGGCUAAAAUCAGAAAAACUUCCUUAUUACUUAAGAGUUUCUUAAUAUUUCAGUGCCCCUUGCAGAAAAAAAAUUACAUGCUAAAUAAAUAUUCUCCAUAUUUUUUGGGGGAUGAUGUUCAGUGAAUUGUUUCAGUAGUGACACACUGAAAUUAAUAUGGUACUUAUGAUUAAAAAUACAUUUAAUACUAACUGCAGUAGUUCUUUCAAGGAUCUUUAGAGACAAGGAUUACACAUUGGAACAGUGAAGCUAUGUUUCAUUCUUUUUUCUCUAUUUAUAUUGAAACAAAUAGGCCAGCAGACACAUAAGGAUUUUUAAAUUGGCUUGCUUUUAGCAGUUUCAGUCACCAGUGAAGAGCCUGUGUGCAUUUUGUAGUAGAUAAUGUAAAUUUUAUCUUCUUUUUAUUUUCUUUUUUUAGAGUAGUUGAUAUUUUGAUAACAAUCUCUGAUCUUGCAUGAGUACCACAUUUCUUAAAACAGUAUUUGGGGCUCUGUACUGCUUAUGGUUGUAGGAUUCAGGAGUUCAUGGAAUCAUAGAAAUGAUUUUAUGUAAUAGUUUCUUUUAAAUUAGAAUUUAUUGGGGUACAAUAUGAGAAUUUAAUAUAAUAUGCAGUGCAUUAUCCAAAACAGAUGGUAGUUAACUGAUGCAAUAGAAUGUAGUGGUAAUAAUUCCUUUUUUUUCCUUAAUUUUUGGCAUUCAUAUAGUAAAAUUUUACUAUAUGGAAACUUUGGUAUAUUCUUGUGGCUACUCUUUUUAAUUGAACUGAGAUUGUAUUUGACAGCUCUUUUUGGAGAUGUGUGUAUAUGUGAUUUUUAAUAGAGGUUAAAAGACUAGCUUAACCCUUGUCUAAAAAGAACGUACAGUGUUUAAGGGAUUUUUCUUUUAGCCUUUCAUCUCGAAUAAUAUUAAAAAUAAAAAGACCCUGGCAUUUUUCAUGUACUUGAAUCCCUAAUACACCUAAGUCUUUCAUUUUUUGAGACAGACUGAAUACAUCUAAAAUUUUCAGCAAUAGAAAAAAAUAAAACAUGUAACUUGCACUAAGCAAGAAAAUACAAAUACAGUUAAAUGCAUUAAUUAUGAUAAUCACAUUACAGUUACUAUGUAGCACAGAACUUUGUUCUUAUAUUGGGAUCAAACUUAGAAUUGAUUUUAGUAUUGAUUAAAUGACUCAAAGGCAUUUGUAAGUCAUGCUAUUGUGUUUUGGAAGUCUGUAGCUAAUUUAAGAUUGCAGAAUGAUGGGCAGUGAUUACUUGAUUUUAAGUAAGGAUUAUAUUAUUUGAGACUGUAAAUCAUUUUUAAAAAAAAAUAAUAUGGGCAUAUGGACAUAAAUGGUUAAAUCACUUCCAUUCUCCCCAAAUCUGGAGUUAAAAUAAGUUUCAUGUGGGGGGUUGGAUGCCAAGUUCUCACUAUUUAUGAAGCUUAGCAUGUUACUAGGUAACACAGAUCUAUCCAGAUGGUGUUUACAUUUUGAUUUAUUUGGGACCUUAUUAAAAUUAAAUAUACUGGGGGAAGAUAUUUCUUUUUUUCUUCAGAGUAUGCAUUUAAAGCUGUUUUUGUGAAUAUUUCUGAUCAGUGAUAAUCUCCACUUACAUUCUAAACCAACCAAGCCAGUUCAAGUUUUUCAGAGCCUUGUAGUCAUAAUUGAAAAUCUAUUUCAUCAUGUGCUUUACUGAGUGUGGAUUUUACACACAUCCAAAACAUGAACCACAAAAUACAAGAGCACUUAAAUCCACCAUUAACUUAUAUCCCAAGCCCAUUUUUGUUUUUCUUUAAAUUACAAAUAAAAGAUAUAUUACAGACAUUUGACAAAUACUGAGAUGACUUUCCUUCAGAAUUGGAUUGUUUCUCUCUAUUAUGUAGAAAUCCCCAAAGGUAGCACUAUUCAAUAGCAAAGAAUAAUUAUAACCCACAGUAUUUUUUUUCUGUGGAUGGGGAAAAUGUUUUAAAAUCCAGUUAUUUGGGUUAAUACAAGUUUAAGAGAGAAAAUUAUGUUUUUUAAAAACAUGAGUGUGCAUUAAAAUUAUGGCAAUGCCUACAGUUUCAUCAGGUAUGAAAGGAGCUUUAAAUUCUUACAUUCAUUAUUAACAAUAAUCAGUAAAUAUUUACAUUUUCACUCAGCAAAAGAUUGGCAUUUGUUAGUGUUUUAUAUUUAAUACUAAAAUUACAGUCCUGAAUGGUCUUCACAUAGUAGGUAUCACGUCAUUUUUCAGUUUGCAAUAUUAAACGUGGCUAUUUUAUUUCAAGCCAAAGUUUGAACACUGGAAAAUCAUUGCUCGGUGAUUUGUAAUUUGGGACUUGGAUUAUUUAUCUGAGGAUGUUUGUAUAUUUUGUCAGUGAUAUUGCACUGCCAUCAUGGUGACUGUCAUGGUUCUAUAUAAAUGCUCUCCAUCUGUCCCUCUAAUGUUGCAUGUUUUCAGUGGGUUGGAAGUUUUGUAUAUUUAUUGUAUUAUCACAGAGUGUCAUAAAAUAAAAUGCUGUUUACUGAA